CACGAAAUAAAAAAAGAAUUAAAUAAAUUUUUUAAAAUUACCCACACACAAGAUAUGGCUAUAUCCUUGCUGCAGGACGCACAAACAAGAACACUAGCCGCCGCUCUAGCUGGCAUGCAACAGCGCGAAGAAGUCGAUCGCUCUCUAUCACUCUCGCCUCCCAUGUCUGCCAAUACCUCAGCCAAUACCAGCAUGUAUCCCGGUUUGCAACAGGCCGCCGCUGCCUCAGCCUUUGGCAUGCUAUCACCCACACAAUUGCUGGCCGCCAAUAGGCAGGCUGCUGCUGCCUUUAUGGCCGCUCAAUUGCCCAUGUCCACAUUGGCAUCCACCUUGUUUCCACAUCAUCCUGCCUCGCUAUUUGGUUCCUGGGCUGCUGGUAAUCCAGCUGCCGGUUUAACUUUGGGUGGAGCUCCUCAUUCACCACCUGCCUCACCGCAUUCACCCAUCAAUGUGAAUACACCGAGCAGUGGCAAGCAUACACUAAGCAUGACUUCACCCACAGCCUCGCUGCAAUGCGAUAUGCCUGCGAAAAAAGCGCGCAAAAUCAAUGUGAAAAAGGAUCUCAUCUCGCCCAGCAUGGAAAUGUCCAUGAGUGUGAGUGAUUUGUAUAAUGGCAUGCCGGGACCCAUUUCGCCACCCUCCUCAGGCUCCUCGCCCAAUUCUUCAUCGCAUGAUGUCUCAAGUCCUGCCGGCGUUCUCAAUAAGGAUGGUACAUCUCGCGACAAAAGUUUCACCUGCAAGAUUUGCUCCCGAUCCUUUGGCUACAAACAUGUGUUGCAAAAUCAUGAGCGCACUCACACCGGAGAAAAGCCCUUCGAGUGCCCCGAAUGCCAUAAGCGUUUCACGCGGGACCAUCAUCUAAAGACUCACAUGCGUUUGCAUACGGGAGAAAAACCCUAUCACUGCUCCCACUGUGACCGUCAAUUUGUGCAGGUGGCCAAUUUGAGACGCCAUUUGCGUGUGCAUACCGGCGAAAAACCCUACACCUGUGAAAUUUGUGAUGGCAAAUUCAGUGACUCCAACCAAUUGAAAUCCCACAUGCUGGUGCACAAUGGCGAGAAGCCCUUCGAGUGUGAUAAAUGCCACAUGAAGUUCAGACGCCGCCACCAUUUGAUGAAUCACAAGUGUGGAGUGCAAUCGCCCAUAACACCAGCACUGAGUCCGGCCAUGAGCAAUGACUAUAAUAUACUGAAUUGUGACCAAAAGAGCUUCUAUGGCUCCGAGGAGUCCAUGGAAAUUGGCAAACCCUUGGUCAGCCAUUCCAUCAUGCAUUUGGCCGGCAUUUCCCAUAUGGAGGAGGAAGCUCCUUUAGAUCUGUCGGAAGAUGGCAGCCAAACCGAUGAGUCGUGUCCCCUGCGUUUCCGCAAGGCCAAUGAUAUACGACGAGUUUUCCGUUUGCCACCUCCCCAGAUAGUGCAUGUGGCCAGUGAUAUGCCGGAACAGACAGAACCCGAGGACUUGAGCAUGCAUUCGCCGCGUCAACACAAUGGCGAAGAAUUGGCAGCGUCCAAUCCCUCAUCGGCUGCCCAGAGUCCGGAGCCCAUGCUAAUGAUGCAAGAUGAUUUGGAUUUGGAAGACAUAGAUGAUGCUGCCACCAUGUACAUGCGUCAGCAACAACAUCAACAACAACAACAACAACAAUAUCAGCAACAACAUUUGUCUAAUGUCAAGCAAGAGCAGCAGCAGUAUCAGCAACAGCAUUUAGCCAAUGUCAAGCAAGAGCAUAUGGAAUAAGCAAACCAUAGAGACCAUGGCCAAAGGAUAAUUCCUAGAAUUUUUCCCCAGCACUACACAUAUAUAGUCAGAAACCCCAGGAAACCAAAUCCAAAGAUUGUAUAUACCAAAACAAAUCUAGCAAAUCUUGCAGGCGCAUUCUCCAUCAAAUGGAAAUGGCUAAACUCCCAAGGAACAAAAAAAAACGAGAGAAAAGCAAAAUUUCUAAAAUUU